AUGGACACUCUUGGACCUCGUAUUAUGGUUAAUGUUGGCACUCAAGCUGUAUCAAAUACAGGACUUAAUCCACGCGAUUUAGCUCCAUUGACCAACGACGCAUUUUUGGCCACAUUUACAGGCAAAGCGUCAUUAUCAGCAAGCAAUGGUAUCUCACGACAACAUAACAAUUAUCGUCAAUCGUUUACCACACAAAUGGAACGUGUGACAAUCCGUUCAAAAACACGACCAUCAACAUCAAAUGGCGAUUCAGUCGAACCAGACUCAGCUAUUUUAUCAAUUAUUCGUGGUAAUGGAUGCGACAGUCAACAACAGCAAACAUCUAAUCGACAACUACCAGGCACUCGCAAUCGUCGCCGUUCAUUCAACCAACAACUUUUAGGCGACUGGAACGAUGUACCGUGUUCACCAAAUUAUCGACCAACACAUGAUUUUAACCGUCGUCGUCGCACACGUUCUGGUGGUGCUCAACAACAAAUAAGUGUCGUUGAUCAAAUGGCUGCUCAACCACACAUUCCCUAUGCUAUUUUACCCAAACGUUUCGAACCUAAACAAGUUGCAAAUAACGGCCUUCCAUCUUCAUCACGUCUGCCAACUAACAAUCGCUCUAACAGCAAUCGUCGUCAACGCCACCCAGCAGCACCUCGACGAUCAAAACGCCAACAAGAGUACUAUAAUGAUCAAUGGGAAGAUGAAGAAGAUGAUGACUUAUGGCUUGAACCUAUGCCACCAAUGAUGAUGGACCGACGAUUAUCUCGACGACCAAAUCGAAGCUUCAACCCAUCGGCUCGUUAUUUUGACCCACGUCAACGUUUCGAUAACUUUUAUGAUUCGUAUUCAUAUGGUCCUAUGCCGCGACACGCACCAGUUCCACUUCGUUCCCGUCAGCGUAUGAGUUAUCCAGCUGACGGCUACGUUCCAUUUGAUAUCGUCCCAUCAUACGAUCUCAACGAAUGGCAAGGUCCAUACGCUCGAUCACACCAAGCAUUAUAUUCACAACAACGCAGUGGAGCUCGCUACGGAAAUGGUUUCAUUCGUGAUGAUCAUCGUGUAAAUGGUUCUUCGUCUCGUCAAUCACGAAAUGGCAAACAUACCAAAUCACCAAAAAAUACUAAAGGUCAACAAAAACGUCGCACAUCUCGUCCACGUAAACAACGCAAUCAAAAUUCAAAAACUGAAGGAACACCAAUGACCAGUUCAACUGAAUUAAAAUCAACAAGUGAAACUGAAGUGUGCAGCGAUGAUAAAAAACCAGUCGAAACAACAACAUCAUCAGAAACUGAAUCCAAGCCAUUACCACCACGUGAUCAAGAAAAUAAAGAAAACGAAGGUGAAACAAAAUUGGACUAA